UCCUACCGUUGGUGGAAAAUUUCAUCACUUGUAUUCUUUAGUCAGACACAGUGUUGAAGUGGUGAAAAGUUCGCAAAAUGGCACAACCGUACGUAAUCCGGGUGAUGGAAGAGAUGGGCUUGGGUACGGAUGGAAGCUUCAUACCCAUUGCCAGCGAGGAGAACAAGAAACUCCUGGAGAGCGUCAAUCGAUUGGGCGAUCGAAAAACGGAAGUGCUCGAUCGGGUUCAGUUGAGCAACCAGCGGUUGGGAAACUUGCAAGUGCAUUUGAAGAACGCUCGGGUGGAGUUUGAUCAGAACCUAAAACUGCUGAGCGAGGACAAACGGCAAAUCGACACGGAACAUGGGAUGCUCAAGGUGGCGGAAAACGAUAGCGGCCGGCUGCGAAAGCUCGCCAAGGAGGUGCAGUACGGACGGGAGGAGCUGGAAAAGCAUGACCAGCGGACACAGAAGGAGAUGGCCAAAUACGCGGCCAACAUGGAGCGAUUCACCGAGCGGAUCAAGUGGGCAAAGGUGGCCCUGGUCGAGUGGAAACAGGUCAUGGGAAACGGCGAUGAGACCAACCAGCUGAUCGCCAAGUACUGCAAGCAGGAUGCCAGCAGGGCGGAAGCUCUGGAAGCGAAGCGAAAAAUUCUCGAAGACAAGGUGUCCAAGCGACGAACAUCGUUGGUAGGGCUGACCGAGGAGUACCGUUCGCUGGAGCAGGUUCUCGAGCGUACCUCGCAGCUCUACAGACAGGCUCACCAGGAGCGGCGACAUCUGGUGCUGACCUGGAAAGAGGCCGUCAAGCAUAUGAAUCAACGAGAGGGGGACAUCAAGAUGGUUGAGGCGGAAAUCGAUUCGGCCCGCGAGAUGAGUGAGCUGCUGAGUGAGGAUUUGCGAGCGCAGGUCGAAUUCCUGGAGGAACAGCAACGCAACAACAAAGAGAUCGAAAUCGGCAUUGCGGAGCUGAACGUUGAAGUCUCUAAGCUUAGAAAUCGUUUGAAUGUAUUGACGGAUAGUGUCCAGUUGAAGACGAACGAGUAUCAGAUAACGAGGAAAGCAGUUCAGAAUGUGUCGAACAAGUUGACCGGAAUGCGUAACAAAACCCGCCAAGCGUUAAUUGAGGAAGCUGAGAAGGAGAAGCAUAUCCAUACAAAUUUGAGCCAGCUGGAAGAACUGAGAGAGAAGUAUGACAACUUCAGGAGUAAAACACUAUGCGCACAGGAACGCUUGAGGCAACUCAAUGAAAUUGUCGAGCAAGAGGAGAAACAGAUGAAGGUGUUGAGUGAUGAAACUGCGCGAUUGUCCACUGCACUCUACAGGGCUCAAACGCAGCUGGUCGCAUUGAAAGACGAGGAAAAAUUGCUGCGAAUUGAGGUUCACUCUUUGGAGUCCGGAGUCGGUAAGAUUAAGGCAGCGAUGAAAACCCAAGCUAAGGAAAUUAUCCGGCAGACUGAGAUUUCGUAUAAUGUGGAUUACACUAUGGAAAAAAUGGAGGAAAGAAUAGCGAAUAUGAAGGGAGAGAACAAACAAGAGGGUGCCAAUCGGGCCCAUGCGAAGCUGGUUCAAGCUGAAGCUAUCUACCAUGCUCGAAAGCAGAACCAUUCGUUGCUGCAGGCGCAGAUAGCCAAAAUCCAAAUCGACUUCCGAAAUUUGAAUGCCAUUUAUCAGCAGGAUUGCGUCGAGAUUGAACGCAUGAUUGGAAAAUUGAAGGAGGAAACGUUGAUAGUAGAGGGAGGCGAUAAGAAACUGAGACAAUCCAUAACGGAAAACCAAGAGCGGUUAGUAGAGAAGAGCUUGCUGAAGAUGAGAAUCAGUCAAAUGGAGUCGCGGGUGGAUAAACAGAACGACAAGAUGUACACGCUGGAGCGACAUCGAAUGGAGUUGGAGACAGCGAUUAACGAGAGACUUAUUGAUAUCCAUUCCCAAAAGGAUAUGCUCAUAUUGAAGAAGAAGUAUUUGCAGGAUGAGAGAGCCCAACUGAAGGCAGAUAUAAGUGAAAGGGCGUUGAAAAUCGAGCAACUUAAGAAUCGCUACGAAUUGUCACUUGACUUGCUCGGUAAAAACGAUGACGGAACAAUAGUGACAGCUACGCAGAUCAAGAUUCAGAACGCUCAAGAGAAAUACAUGUUACUGAGAGAAGGUAGCGAAUUGAACGUGAAAAUUCUUAAAGCAGAGGAAGACCUUAAGGCACUGGAGAACACAUUGAAACUGAUGAACUUUUCGAACGAAAGCUACAAGCGUGGAUUCCAGAAGGUAGAUGCGGACAAUCCCGACAUACAGCAGAUGAAUCAAAUUCAAAACGAUUAUUGUAAGGCAGUUACAGCGCUAAAAAGUGUGCGAACCGACUUGGUUCUCAACACCGAAAAUCUCCACAAUUUGAACGAGGAGAGAGAGGAACAUGAUAAGGCGUUGGAAGCGGCUCAGAAAACUCGUCUUGAUAAUAACGAUAUUCUGUUGAAGAUUCAGAAGGAGCUUCUUGGUCAGAAAACGAAAAUUCAGCGAGCUGAACGUGAGCUUCGGUUGGCAAUUAAAGCCGCUAAAGGAAAAACCCACGACGAAGAUUUGCUAAUGACAUUCCAGAAGGAUAUAAAUUUGAAGGAGCUCGAGGAGAGGAAUAACAUGGCCCUGCAUCAAAUGGCGGAUUUGAUUGAAAUCGUUUCGGAGAUGAACCCAACCGUUCAUAAAUACUUUUACGACAAAGGACUUCGGCUGCCGGCGAUUCGUCGUACCAAGAGUCAAAUAUCAUGGCGUAGCGAAAACUCGCCCGGAUCCGAUUAUAGUGGCCGUGCAGAUACUGUUUCCUCCAAACCUGUCUCAAAAAUGUCGGCUUGUUCCACAUCAACGCGUUCGUCAGAUUCAUCGGAUAAUAUCGCAAAGUCAUUUGAUAAUCGGAUGAGCGCGGGUUUGUCGGUCAUCCUGAUUGAUUUCCCCGGCUCCAGCGUGAAGAAAACCCAGGGGACAGCGAAGAAGUAGAAUGCAUUCUUUCAAAUUUCCAAUACAAAACCCUCACUCGAUAAAUAUCGAUUGAUGAUGAUGGUAACCAUCAUGUUUAUUUCUGGCGAUUUAUAUAAUUUUUUUUUUCAUCCAAUUUCAGUAAUAAUUAAAACUAGCAGUAUCUUCAAUUUGUAGACGCUUGAUAAUUUGUAGCACAAAAAAAAACAAUGAGUCAAAUAUGCACAUCAUUAUUUUGAGUGACUGCGUGUUGUGUUGGUUGUGUACGACUUUUCAAAUUGUUUAUCUUCCUUGUAAUAGUUGGAGGUUAUUACGAUCUCUUUUGCCCCUACUUAUAGCAUGAACGAUUGCCUCUCCCUUGACUGAAUUUUUGAUGAAAUAAAAUCACAAAUCGAGAUUUGUAUCACUAUUUUUUUCGAUUUUUUUC